UGAAAUUAACUUUCUUCGCGUCAAGCCAAAGAUUGAUCAUGAAAUACUUGUUGUCUCUACUCGCAGUGGCGGUGGCUCUCGUGAUGACGAUAUCCAACUCCAGUGGGGCAUCUCUUCGGGAGACGCCUGACAACACGAUUGUCCUGGAAGUGGCGCCAAAAGGUUCAACUCCAACAAAAAACCGCUCCGACCUAGAGGACCAAGACAAGGAGCCCUUCGAGAUCAUCGUUCCUGUUGCCAGGAAUUUCUCCAGUCUAGCCGAGCUCUUCCGCAUCCUCCGUGAAGACUCUAUGGAACCCCAGGUUACCUCCAAGACUCCCCUUUCGUAUGUAAAAGGAACCGAGAGGAAUGCUUCGGACUUUCUGUUGUUCUUCACCGAUGGUGCAGGCAAUGACUCUACGUGAGGAUAGUUUGAAAGAACAACUUUGUCUAGUCAAACAAAGACUUGUUUUAAAGUUUAUCCUUGAAGUGAGCUGGCACAUGACAAAUGUGGAAAUGAAUUUAAUAAUUUAAGUACUGUAAUGAAGUUUCGAUGAAGUGUUGGAGCUAAUUUAAGUUGAUCAACUGAAUUUAGCCAAAUUUGUACUUUAUUGUUUCUUACAAAUGAAAGACAAAAGAUGUUUUGGAGAUUCA